UCACCUGAGUUCCGACGGUCCCGCCACUUCAAAAGUGAAACUGGAAGGUACAUUUACGAAUGCAUCACAAGUCUUCAAUGGUGGGCGAAUAUGGAGUAUGUGAUCAAUGAUGUUGAGCCUCUGUACAUGUUUUUGAGAUUUGCUGACACAGACAAGACACCUAAUUUGAGUGAGGUGACAAUGGAGUAUCAAAACAUGAGGCAAACAUAUGCCAGCAAGUUCAGCAGUGACUACCCCCGGUUUGAAAAGAUCAUGGCUGUGAUAGAUGCAAGGAUGAACACAGUGAUGUCAGGCACAUAUAUAGCCACUGCUUGUGCUCUUAACCCUUACGUGCAGUACAGUUUGGGCACAUCACAGACAGUCAUGGCAGUAAUGCGCAACGGUCUGGAGAAAAUGUUGAAUACUAAUUCAGCAGCAAUUGCAUUGCAGGAAUUUGAAAUAUUCAGGACGAAGCAAGGUGAGUUCUCUAGUGACAUUGCUAGGCGAAUGGCCAUUGACCGGAAAACUUCACCAGCUGCUUGGUGGGCUACAUUUGGGGGAGAUACACCAGUGUUGCAAAGGGUCGCUCGACGCUUGUUGUCGCAGUGUGCAGUCUCUAGUGGAUGUGAAAGGAACUGGAGCACCUUUGCUUACAUCCACACCAAACUGCGCAAUAGGUUGAGCCACCAGAAAUUGGAUAAAUUUGUCUUUGUGAACUACAACCUCCGCUUGCGUCUGCAACGUGCUACUAGAGGGGCCGAUCCAUAUGACUAUGAUCCAGUUAGCAGUUUCAUGGAUCUUUCUUUGUACCGGCAGUCAUCAGCAAUUCAAAAUUGGAUGAAGCUUUCAAGGUCCAAUGGAGACCCAGCAUUUGAUGAAGACUCAGACUUCACUGACACUCCAUUGCCGAGCCAGAUGUUCACUGACAUAGGCUCUUCUCAUGGUCACGAUGAAGAUGUGGAGACAUGGGCCGAAGAAACAAUUGGGGACACACAUCUAGGAAAAAGGAAGACUAAGAUUGGUCCCGAAAUGAGAAAAGGGAAGAAACCACGCACUGAGGAGGAGUUAGGUAGUGACGAUACCACACCUGAGCCUAGUGGUGGUGAGGACAUUGGUGAUGAUGAUGAUGAUGAUGAUGGUGAUGGUGAUGGUGAUGGUGAUGGUGAUGGUGAUGAUGAUGGUGAUGGUGAUGGCAAUGAUGGCAACGAAAGUGGUGGUUAUCGUAUAUCUCCUACUAUAAGGUUCACUGGGGAGGAGGACUUCACCCAUGCAACACAAGAUACAGAUCAUGGAGCACCUACUUCACAACGACAAACAACAUCGACAAGUCGACAUGGUCGACAGGCCCCACUUGCAUAUGAUGAAGAUAGCUCCAACUCUGCCUCCAGUGGUCAGUACUACAACCCUUACAGUACUUCUCCCCCUGCAGGGGGCUUUCUGUGGCCACCACCAGGGGUGGUGAACCCGCCACUUCCGCAGCCAGUUGCAGCAUUGCCUUAUUUGGAUUAUCACGGCUACCUACCAUAUGGAGCUCCACAGUUGCAACAUCACCCACCUACGUACGUGUAUUUGCCACCAACAGAUGAGCCGUAUGAGGGACCACCGGGAGAGAGAUUUGAGGACUGAAGAAUGCAGAGAAUAUGCUACAUGGAUUAUUCUGGACUAUGCCUUUGCCUCUGUUGUAUCUUUGGAUUGUAAUAAUUCUAAUGGACUUUGGAUGUAUUGCGUUCUAUGUGUGGACUUUGGACAUGAGUUAUGUGUAAUAAUUGUAAUGGACUUUGGAUGUAUUACGUUGUAUGUGUGGACUUUGGACAUGAGUUAUGUGUUAAAUGGUGUAUUUGUCAUUGUUUUGUGGAGUUAUAUAUAUGUUAUGCAUUAUAAACUGUCAAUAUACACAUAAUCAGGGGAAAUUUUG